UUGGUGCUAUAUAGCACCGUUUGUUUUUUGAGUGUUCAGUGUCUUGGAAAUGUUUUGUAACCCUCUGUUGAUUGAUAUUUUUCAACCAUGGGAACAUGUACCUGCUGAGUAAGCUAAUGUCUUUUUCAGUUGGAUGAUACUCAGAAAAAAAUCCUUUAGGACCAGGCACACUUCAUUAAUAGUUAAAAAGUCAUUUUAAUGGAUAACAGGUAUGUACUACUUCAUAUUUAACUUAAGUCUUAAUGUGAUUGGUUGCUUCUGAACACUGCCACGAUCACUAUUGUAAAAGGGUGUGCACACUUAUGCAAUCAGGUUAUUGUACAUUUUUUAGUUUUCACUUUAUCAUGGAAAUUAUUCCUAUUGUUAUUCACUUUAAUAAAUAGGUUGCAAUUUCACAAUAAAGAUGGAACAGGUUCUGACAUGAUUCAUCUUGGUUUUAUUUGAUAAAUCACAAAAACCUGCUAUUUUUACAGGGGUGUGUAGACUUUUUAUAUCCACUGUAUGUACAUUCAUCAAUGAAGAGUGCUAUAGUAACUCCCUCCUUUAGUCAUUGUGUCAUAUACUGCCAGUAAAUUCUUUUGAUAUGAAGGAUUUCAGGGAAGCAGCAUAUGAUGGACUGGUGCUCACAGAUACGUAUGGCUCAUUCUGACUGCUUUAAAAGGAGUUAUUUCCGACAACAGACACUAUCAGAAUGAAGUGUUGGAAUGCAGCAGUCAUUCCUCGCAUAACUAGCUUUUAGGUAUAAAAGACUUUGAGUGUCCACUGAUAGAGAGUAUACAGAGAACAAGCAAAGAAAAUCUUUACACAAGAGACGAAAGAGCACAGAAAACAUGAGAUCGUUUGACAUUCCUCUGGCUUUAGGCUUUCUAUUCCUCCUCAGCGCUCAGAUGACGAACACUUUACCCCUACAAAACACAGUCUCAACCGCUGAGGACAUGGACGUCUUGAAGCUUCUUCUACAGCGACUUGAAGAAUCCAUUCCUGCUUUAUCACGAGACCAAAGAUUAUCCCGGGAUGAUGAGAUCAGCAUUGAAGAAACACCCAUUCAACCUCAAAGCAAGAUGGACAUGAGAGAGUAUCUAUCCGCUCGGGACCUGAAGACAGUCCGACUGGACUCCAAGAGAUAUUCCGGAUGUUUCGGAAGUAGACUGGACAGAAUCGGGUCCAUGUCAUCCCUGGGAUGUAAUACUGGCAGCCGAACGAGUCCUAAGAGAAAGUGAUGUCUUAACCUUCAACUACAUCAUUAUCUGUAACAUUGAGUCCAAACAUUGUUCUUAACUAUGCAUAUUUAUUUAGAUAUUUAUUAAAUUGUUUAAAUGGUGGGGAUAUAUAUUUAUAUGUGUCUUUAUUUUUGUUGUCAGUUCAGUCAA